UCUCUUCAUCCCUCUCUUUGGAUUCAAUAACAAAUAAGGCAGAGUUCGAAUUGACUCCAUUUACACCAUAAAUUGAUAAAACGCAGACUUUGUAAGGGUAGCCGAGGAAAGAACGAAGAAGGCACUAGACACAGUUGCUUUCAGUCUUCAACUUUCUCUUCUAUCUAUCUAUCUGACCCAAUCCUUCACAGAAAACCAAGCGUUAAAAGCUGUGUUAUUCUGUUUCUUCCUCGGUUUCUGAUUAUACAGGCUUUCUAUGAACUGUGACUAUUAAAAGGAUUGUUUGCCCUAAAUCUUUACCUGCCAUCUGAUGGCUGAGGAGAGUGCUGAUUUACUAGUAGCUCAAGAAGUAAUUGAUUCAUCUGCGGUUAAAUUAAGAAGGAACUCCAUUGCUAAAGCUAUUUCUGGAAACAUUGAAGAUGUAGUUAUUCCUCGUUAUCGCAGAGCUUCCAUUGGCUCUUGUCAUGAUUUUUGUAAAUAUGGCUGGAAGCAUGCUUUUGAAGUGAAGGAAAAACAUUUUGUGGCCAGCAGAGUUCAAAGAUUACCACUUGAUCAAAGUUCUGAGGCCGAUGUCAAUGGGGCAAAGACGUAUGUAACCGACCGUAGAGCAUCCAUUGGUUCCAAGCCACCAACGAAGGCAUCAGUGGUGAAUCUCAGAGGAUCAGUUAAUUCUGAGCCCAAGAUUUCCAAUACCUUUGACACCAACGAGAGGGAAAUGCCAACAAAAUUACCUGAGAGCCAGAAACAAGGAAGGAAUGAAGUUCCAUUAACAAGGAAGAGAACAUCAGCGGUCAAGUUGAAAACAAUAAUUCAUAAAAAAUCCCAUUCAGCCGAUCUUCCCAAAAUUAUCAGACAAGGGAACUCAUCAAUUUCUGCAAAGCUGGUAGGAACUUCAUUAAGACCGGCUUCAGAGCCAGUAGAAUCUUCAUCAAAACCAGUGAGAAAUUCAUCAGAAUCAAUUGUGCAGCCUGUAGAAACUUCAAAAUUAGUAGCAGAGCAGCCGGUAGAAGCCUCUUUAAAAUCAUCUAUUGAACCAUUGGACACUUCCUUAGAAUCGAUUAUGGAUCCGGUGGGAGUUUCAUCAAUAUCAAUUGUGGAGCCAAUGGAGAUUUCAUCAAAAUCAACUCCAGAGCUGAUGGAAACUUCAUCAAAAUUAAUUGGGGAACUGGUGGAAACUUCUUCAGUAUUAACUGUGGAGCCAAUGGUGACUUCGUCAGAAUCAAUUAUGGAGCCAGUGGGAACUUCAUCAAUAUUAACUGUGGAACCAAUGGUGACUUCAUCAGAAUCAAUUAUGGAGCCCGUGGGAACUUCAGGAAUAUUAGCUCUGGAACCCAUGGCAACUUCAUCAGAAUCAAUUAUGGAGCCAGGGGGAACUUCAUCAAUAUUAACUAUGGAGCCAAUGGGAACUUCAUCAGCACUAACUGUGGAGCCAAUGGUGACUUCAUCAGAUUCGGUUAUGGAGCCACUGGGAACUUCAUCAAUAUCGAGUGUGAAGCUUGUGGGAAGUUCAUCAAAAUCAUGCGGGGAGUUUGUGGAGAUUGCAUCAAAACCAACUGCAGAGCCAGUGGAAGCUUUGUCAAAAUCAGUUGCUCAGAAGGAGGAUGCUUCAUCAAAAUCAACCGUUAAGAAGGCAGGAGCUUCGUCAAAAUCAACUCCUAAGAAGGCAGGAACUUCAUCAAAAUCAACUCCUAAGAAGGCAGGAGCUUCAUCAAAAUCAACUCCUAAUAAGGCAGGAGCUUCGCCAAAGUCACCUGCUAAGAAGGUGGAAGCUUCACCAAAGUCACCUGCUAAGAAGUUGGAAGCUUCAUCAAAAUCAAUUAAGAAGUUGGAAGCUGCAUCAAAAUCAACUGCUAAGAAGGUGGAAACUUCAUCAAAAUCAACUGCUAUGAAGGAGGAAACAUCAAUGAAAUCAACUGCUAAAGUGGUAACAUCAACGAAAUCAAUUGCUAAAGUGGUAACAUCAUCAAAGUCAACUGCUAAGGUCGGAAUUUCAUCAAAAUCAAUUGUCAAGAAGGCAGUGACAUCCCCAAAAUCAACUGUUAAGAAUGUUGAAGCUUCGUCAACAUCAAAUUCCAUGGCAGGAACUUCAUCAAAACCAACCCCUUUAAAAGCCAGACAAAUGAAAUUACCUGGAAAGCAUGUGGCUUCUUUGAAGCCAAACUCUAUCACAACAAAUUUCGUAUCUUCUAUGAAUCCUUCCGAAGGUUCUAGUGGCCAAAGCAACAGUAAGCUCAAGAUGGAAAAGCAUGCAGCCUCCUUGAAAGUAGCUGCAAGAAAAUUGACGACUCCUUCUAGUGCUUUAUUGCCCUCCAAAUCCUCUCUUACUAGUCGAGUUGUAAGUGUUAAUGCUAGAAAGCACAAGAGCCUCAAAAUUGCAUCUCAUCUAAAGAAUCAAUUGAAGACCAGAAAAUAUGAACACAAGGAACCUGGCAAUGAUGAGGUUGAGGAAAAGACUUUGUAUGUCAUCAAGAUGGAAGGUGGAAACAAAAGUUUGCAGACAGAUCGAGAUGCAGUUUACGGUGUUGACUUUUCCACUCAGUCAACAUCACCCCCAAAAUUUUCAUCCUCAUUCCAAGAAGAUAAAGAGGAAUCUGAAUAUACAACUAGUGAAGGCAAAGAGGAUACUUCUUUUGUAAACCUUGACAGUGAACUCAUGAAAAAUGGAGAGCCUUUGGAAGCGAAGGAUAUAGGCAAGCCCCAAAAGGUUGGGAUUGUAUCUUCUGAGGACAAGGGUAGCCAAAUAUCAGCAAUAAAUUUCAGAAGGGGAAAAUUGGUUGAACUUCAAUCUGAGAUAACCUCUCCAAGGAGGCUUAAAUUUCGGAGAGCAACAGGAUUGGGUGAGAAUGCAAUGGUCAAGUCUGAAAGCCUAAGGAGAAGUUUUAAAAGAAGAUAUGAGAAUGGUAUUGAUAGAAUGGGCACUCAAACUGGUCCAGAGAAGGUUGUUUUGAGACGUCAAGGUUCACGAGGCAAGCGAGAUGCGCACGAAUUGUUCAAUAAUGUAAUUGAAGAGACUGCGAAUAAGCUGGCUGAAAUUCGGAAGAGCAAGGUUAAGGCAUUGGUUGGUGCCUUUGAAACUAUAAUCUCUCUCCAAGAGAGAAAGCCUGUUGUAAAGACUAUCGGUUGAUUGUGAUAAACAGUUUCUAACUUGUCAUGUAAAGAAGUGAGAAAAAUAAACCUAAGCUUUGUGAUGGCACAGCACAGUUAACGGCUUUUGCCAAUGAGAUUUGCCUUUGGUUUUGUACAGAAGCUCUGAAUAUAAAGUUGACUCAUUUGCAGUU